AUUUUUGGUUGGUCAUUUUACGUCAUUUUGAAUCAUUGGACAAUGUUUUGAAUCCAAAAUAUCAAAGCCUCUUUUCAGUUUUUUUUUGGUCGGUGAUCAAAGCUAUAAUUUUAUUCUUGUAAUUUUUGUAAAUAACAUAGAGAUCUUACAUACAUACACUCUUUGUUUUAUACUUUUACUCUGCAUUUCCUCUCCAUUUUACUUUGCAUUUCAGGUUCAACAUGGAGUCUGCCGGAGAUUGGUGUCUGAUUGAAAGCGAUCCUGGGGUUUUUACUGAAUUAAUAAAAAAGUUUGGAGCAAAAGGUGUCCAAGUAGAAGAAAUGUGGACCAUAGAUGAAGGCAUAUUUGAAAAUCUAAGACCAGUCCACGGCCUCAUAUUCCUUUUUAAGUAUGUACAACAUGAGGAAGCAUCCAACCCGGUUGUAACUGAUGACCGACUUAAGACCAUUUAUUUUGCUAAGCAGGUCAUUAACAACGCAUGUGCGACGCAAGCAGUAAUAAGCCUGUUGUUAAACUGCACUCACCCAGAUGUAUGGCUCGGACCUGAGCUUACAAGGCUGAAGGAGUUCAGCAUGUCCUUCGAUCCUAAAAUGCGCGGUCUAACUCUGAGUAACUCUCAGACUAUUCGAAGUGCCCAUAACUCGGUGGCGCAAGCAACGCUGUACGAGUUUGAACCAAAAGUAGCCACCAAGGAAGAAGAUGCUUAUCACUUUGUUGGUUAUAUACCUAUUCAAGGACGGUUGUAUGAACUUGAUGGACUGAAAGAUGGCCCCAUUGAUCACGGGCCCAUUGCACCCGAACAAGACUGGCUGGAUGUAGUUCGCCCUAUCAUCUUAAAGAGAAUCAAUACGUAUUUGAAUGAUGAAAUCCAUUUCAAUUUAAUGGCACUAGUAUCAGACAGGAAAAUGGUCCACGAACGAAAAAUACAGGAGCUAACUGACGAUACACGAGCACUCGGGAUGGACACAAAUGAGGUCGAAAAUGAAAUUCGCAAUUUGCAAAUGCUGAUCGAACUUGAGGACCAAAAGAUGUCGAGAUACCAAGAAGAGCUAGCGCGAAGGAGGCACAACUAUCUCCCAUUCAUUAUAACACUUCUUCAGAUACUGGCAGAGAACAAAAAGCUCAUGCCCUUGUAUGAGAAGGCAAAAGAGCGUGCCCUAAAAAAGGAGGGGAAGAAGUUGAAGGCAUAACAGGAGUCUUCGGGAGGGCGUAAGGACCGCCGUCCGCAGCGCGCGCCGCGCCGCCGCUCGCCCUCCUCGCCCUCGCGCGUGCUCCCGCCCUCGGACCACAUGCAGUACUCGCUCGCAGACCUGGACUCCAUCUUCACCGAGUCGCACGAGCCGCUCGGCUCCAGCGCCACGCCCAUGGACGCUCUGCCCGAUAUGGCCACGUUCGCACCCGGCGACUUCCUGAAGGAUGCCGAAUUAUCCGAGAUAUUUGACGAGGAGCCACCAGCGACGGACGGUGUGUUGGUGCCGGAUGACUAUUAUCUGAACAGUCUACGCGACCCUGAGUCCGCGGUACAUCCUGAUCCUGAACUGGAUUAAGUCGAAAGAUUUUUAUUAUUAAUUAUAUAUUAUGUACAAGUAGGGAGACUUUUGAAUCGUUAAAUGCAUUUUCCAUUGGUUCGGAUUGACUUUCCUACGAAAAGAACCAGCAAGAAACUCGCCGGUUGCUUUAUUUCAAAGAUUCGAUUAACAAUAAUGUAUAUUUAUGCCAUGUAUAAAAGUACACUCUUUUGUUAUUUACAUAAUCUUCAACAUGCACACAUACACAUAUUAUGCAUGCUUACCCAAUAGUAGGUUAUAGUAGGUUUCUAUUUUCAAAAUAAUAUCAUUAUUUAUCAUUAAAUUAACGUUACUUAUGGUCUUAAUAUUGGGCAGUGCGAAUCCUUGCUGGUUUUUGCUUUGUAAGUAAAUUGUUAAUUGAACCAGUGAUUUACUUAAUUCUAUCAACUCUAAAAAUCAAAGACAUUGUUACAGCAAAUAGUACAAUAACAUGUGUAUUUUGGCUCAAAUAUGGUGAAUCGUUAUAUAUACUAAGAACAUGAAAGGACCUAUUGUGGAACAGAGCCUUGAGGAACACCCAUUUGUGAGGCUGAUUGGUACAGAUGACUUUGAAUGAUUAAUAAAAUUAAAUUCCAAGUGAUGAUUGUAGCGGUUUAUUAUUGUUACGAAUAAUAAUUAACAAAACAGAUUCAAGUGUUUAGUCUAGUUUUGCUUAAAGGUGCAGAUAAACUUGAGCAUUUACUUGUAACAAAACAUUGAGCAUUUGCCGAUUUAAAAUUUUGACAAGGAAUAACGUACGUGAACCAAAGGUACCGGACCGCAUUACAGCAGAACUGCACUGCAUUGCAAUUUGCACAGUGGUCACUCGACGGUACCUGCUCUAGUCCUUGCUCGUCAAUUAAAAGCGGCGAGUGUUCAAUGUUUUGGUGUUGAAUACUCAGGUUUAUCAGCACCUUUUCGUAUAAUAGAACAAGAUUGUUACUUACUUCACACAGAGACUUUGUAUUCAUUUGCAUUAAUGUAACAAUAAGUACUAUACUAUUAACAUUGAUCGUAAUUGUAGCUGUUUCAGUACAUAGCAUUUAAAUUAGUGGAAUAAAAAUGUAAAAUAGAGAAAA